AUGGGCCGCGCCGGGCGCCGGGUGUCACCUCAGUCCUCGUCGUCUUCGUCCUCGUCCUCGUCCUCUCCAUCCUCCUCAUCAUCCUCCUCCUCCUCCUCCUUUUCUCCACUCCCUCCCGCUCUCCCCCUCCACUCGCCGCUCAACACAUCGAGCACCCAACACCCCGGCCUCCUGGGCACCGCCGCGUUAGAUCGCGACACCGCCCAGACGCGUGCUCCCGAGUCGCCAACUCCCGACACCCCCGGCACGGCUCGCGAUGCCCUAAUCAAUGCUAUAACUCGUCCCCGCCACUCGAAUGCAGAGGUCACUUACGCGACCUCUGCACACUCGCCCGAGGACGAGCUCAUGUCGGACCAGAGCACGAUUUCGUCGUACGCGUCGAGCAACGGAACCCUCUCCAGACAGGGCAGCGACGAUGACAUUGCCGUCGAGCGCAUGUAUCGCGGGUAUCUCGAGAAGCCCCACGUCCAGACCAACCUUCCUUACAAGCACCGCGAGUUUGGGCACUGCAACAACCCAAACCACCGCUGGACCUCGUCGUACAACCCAGCGGAGCCUGUCCACCCCGAGGAGGAGCUCGAGCCUCCCUUUUACAUCCUGCUCACAACAUACCUCUCCUACCUCUUCCUCAUCUCCCUCGGACACAUCCGCGACUUCUUUGGCAAGAAGUUCUACUCGCAGAACUACGCGCAUCUCCUCCCGGCCAACGGGUAUGCCGCUCUCAACUCGGACUUUGACUCGUUCUACACUCGUCGUCUGAAGACCCGUCUUGAUGACUGCUUCUCGCGCCCCGUGACUGGCGUCCCCGGUCGCUCGAUCAUGCUUCUCGACCGCUACUCGAACGACGCACGCGAGUCAUUCAAUCUUUCGGGUACUCAGACGCGUGCUCUCAACGUCUCGUCUUACAACUACCUCGGCUUCGCGUCAUCGUCUGGCGGCUGUGCGGAUGCCGUCGCCGACUCCAUCCGCCGCUACGGUGUUGCUGGUGCUGCUCCGCGUCACGACGCCGGAACCCUCGACCUGCACCACCAGGCUGAGAAGCUCACAGCGCGCUUUGUCGGUGCUGAGGCUGCCCUUAUCAUCUCGAUGGGCUUUGCGACCAACUCGACGACUAUUCCCGCCUUUGUCCAGAAGGGCUGCCUUGUCAUCUCGGACGAGCUCAACCACGCUUCGAUUCGCAACGGUGUGCGCCUCUCUGGCGCGUCCAUCCGCACUUUCAAGCACAACGACAUGAAGUCUCUUGAGAAGCUUCUCCGUGACUCUAUUUCGGAGGGUCAGCCGCGCACCCACCGCCCUUGGAAGAAGAUCCUUGUCAUUGUCGAGGGUCUAUUUUCAAUGGAGGGCACGCUGGUAAACCUUCCCGCCCUCAUGGAGCUUAAGCGUCGGUACAAAUUCUACCUGUACGUCGACGAGGCCCACUCUAUCGGCGCCAUGGGCCCAAACGGUCGCGGCGUUUGCGACUACUUUGGCAUUGACCCUCGCGAGGUCGACAUUCUUAUGGGCACGUUUACGAAGUCGUUCGGGGCUGCCGGAGGCUACAUUGCAGGCUCCAAGGAGGUCAUCGAUAGCUUGCGCGUGCGCUGCCACGCCAUGUGCUACGCUGAGGCGAUGUCUCCUCCUAUUCUCACCCAAAUCAUCGCGUCCAUGUCGGCCAUCAUGGGCGUUGCCCCUCCUCUUGCGCCACCCGCCGACCUCGAGGAAGACUCGUCGUCGGCUGUGUCGGUCUGGAGCAGGCACCAGAGCUUCGGGCCCGCCCCCGCGUCCACGCUGCCGACGUGGAUGCAGCUGCCAGUGGCACUCUCGAAUGGCACUGAGGGCCGUGAGCGCCUGCGCCGGCUUGCCUUCAACUCGCGUUACCUCUCAUCUGGCCUGCGUAAGCUCGGCUUUAUCGUGUAUGGGCAUCGCGACUCGCCGAUCAUUCCACUACUACUCUACAACCCCGGCAAGAUGGGCAUGUUCUCGCGUAUGAUGCUUGAGCGUGUGGGUGCCGAGAAGACGCCGAUAGCAGUAGUCAUUGUGGCGUACCCCGCCACUCCCCUCAUCCAGUCGCGCGUGCGCUUCUGCCUAUCGGCAUCUCACACCAAGACGGACAUUGACCUGCUGCUGCGCGCCUGCGACGAGGUCGGCGACAUCCUCGACCUCAAGUGGUACCGGAACGACCGCUGGACUCCACAAAUCUCGAUGACGUGCAGUAGCGUGCGUUAUUGA